AAUGGGGGGAAAUGAGGGGAGGCAAUGAAUGCUAGUGUGUUUUUCUCAAUUGAACGCGCUGCCCCGGCUGACCUGAAUUGUUGUUCAAUAGCCACGUCCUGGACAAAUAAUCUUUCAUUUUGCUUAUUUUUGAUGUCCAUUCCUCCUUUUUUCUUUUUCACCCUCGCUUAACUCGACGCAACUACUAAUUUUAUUUUUAAAAAUGUCCUACUUUUACACGGCGGAUAAUCCAUACUGGCCAUGCACGCUUGUAGAGCUCAUGCGGGCCAAGGAAGUUCUUGAAGCCUGUGACUUUGUCUCCACCAGCACCAAGGGCUGCUACUCCUCGCGCAUUGCCCUGUGGAUGCACUACUGCGCCCAGCGUUGCGGCGGCGACGAGCGGGUAACUGAAGAGCGUCUGGCCGACUACGUAGAGUGGAUGGUGACCUCUGGUUCUGCCGAGCGCAUCCGCCAGGGGUCUACCCAUGUGCAACAGGUUCUGCGCAACCAGCUCCAGGGCGUUCUCUGUUACUGGAGGCUGCAAAACGGUAACCGUGCCGAUCUCCCUGAUCCACGUGUAGGCCAUAUAUUUAUGAGCAAGUGGCAGCAGAUCGUGAUGCGCUUCCCGCGCCCGCGCCAGUCCAGGCGCAGCGAGCCAAUCUACGGCGUGCCAAAGGGAAGCUCAGGGUCCGAGAGCACGGAUGAGUACGGGGCAGUGCACCCCAACGGAACGCCUCCGAUCAGCCUGCGCCCGACAUUCGGCGUAAUUGGUAAUGGCGUUAUCCACCCGAUAGGUCAGCCUGGACAGGUCCUGGGCUCGUCACAAGCAAUCCACAGGCACCGCUACCCGACGGUCAGGCCCGAAUACACACAGACGCACUCGUACCGCAGCAACUCGCCGUUGUACCCACACGAAAAUAUUGAUAACAGCUACCGCCCUUGCAGUCCGGUGUACCCACAGGGCCAUAUUUCCCAGCAGCAGCAUCAUCAGCACCAGAAUCAGCAGCACAGCCAGCAGCAGAAUCAGCAGCAACAGCAGGGGCGCUUGUUGAAAACUCUGCAGAGACCGAAUCAGCUGCCUGUCCCAAUCAAUUCGCGCAUGUCGCCGCCUGAGACUUUGGAGGCCAUUCCGAUUGUCAAGUAUGUGAGCAAGCCGAGCUACCCGACUUCUGGCCAGCAGUUUUCAUUGUCUCAAGCGCCGCUGCAAGUUGCACCGCUCAAUGCAGACGUGUCAAGCAGCACGCGCGCCGGAUCCCGCUUCAGCCCGACCACAGACGACGAGGGACGCCAUAGCGUCACUGACCAGGAUUCCAACAAAUUAAAGCUUUUGCAGCCUGCAUCUCCAUCUGUAAGCCGGUCUCCGCAGAUCGACACUGAUGAGACGAUGGUGCCUGGCUCCCCCAAUAUGGAUGUCGAAACAGAAAAGCUUCUGGGUGUAGUUCCUGAGGUCAUUCCCAAAUGGCAGAAGAACGACGAAAGCCUCACUGAGGGAAAUCUUCUGACGCUGAAAGAGUCCAUUGUAUUGAACGCCCGCCAGCUGGAAAUGGGCUCAAAUGCCCAAAGUCAAGCGCGCACACACCGGUGCCUGGGUAUUUCUACCUGGAUGUCAUCGGGGGCGCGCACUAACCUGACGCUCACCGACGUGUCGAUGGACGAAGCCCUGAACACGGCAACAACCCCGCAACAGGCCAUAGUGGGCAUACCUACUUCUGGCGACAAAACCACACAUGUCGACAAGCCCUUUUCCAAGUGCAUUGCGGUUACCGUGCAUCACUCUGCUAAAAACACUUUAGCAGGUUUAAAACCCGGAAAGGCUGCCAUUAUGCGUCAUGCCAACCCGCUGCUAUGCUCCUGGAACGCGCUGUCUUUUGAGCUGUUCCGGAGGUGGCACGUUGCCAACGAGGCCAUCCCAGACUUUGCCACGGCAGAGUGGCAGUCGCUCAAGCUGUUCCCCACGCUCUCCGACGGGGCCGAGCUUCCAAUGGAGGUCGAUCAGGUUACCCGGAUAGCCUUUGCUGGAAUUUCGAAGGACAUGUAAGUUUGCUUUAUUUUAUUUUUUAUUUUUGUUUUGUUUCGUAUUGAGAUACGCAUCUGUUUAUGCCUCACAAUACUUCACAUGCAUGCUGCAUCUUUAUUGCCCCCGCUUGUUUUUUAUUCUUGAUGGAUUGUCAAAUGUCACUCCUACUCCCUUUUUCUUUGGUUCUCUUGCGUACAUCAA